AUGGACGAUUCUGCGACCUAUGCGCGCACUGCUUACGACCUAAAUGGCAAACCUUCUUUCGUUGGCAACGAGCAGCUACAGGCACACAAUGCUGGUCAUCCAAUCUUGACGCCAGGUGGAACAAUUGAAAUACCUGACUCAGAGGGACCCGACGACGAGGACCCUGGAAGCACGCAAACCAGAAAUGCAGAGACCAACGCCGACACCAACGCCGACACCAAUGAAGGCACCAAGGAAGGCACCAAUGCAGACAUGCACGCGGACCCCGCUCCAUACAAUGGAGCCAAUACGUCUCGCAGAAGCAAGAUUUCCAGAAAGCGCAAGGCAUCAGCGUGCACAGGUGGAAAACGCGACGCACCUGCCAAGAGGCGCAAGGUUUUCAAAGAUUUAAGCCAAGAGGUACGCGUUCCUGGAGCAGAUCCCUUGAGAGAAGAGCGGGCGGAGAAACGAGAGUUUCGGGUUGAUUUGGCUUUCCGUGACCACCCACCCAUUAUUGAGGCUCCAACUCAAGCCGACGCAAGAUCCAACGCGACCCAAGAAGUGCAGUCGCCGACACCAACGGGUGCAAAAUAUACUACUUCAACAAAGUCUUCUCCAUUUCUGUUAAGCGGCGCUGAAAUCCUGUCCAUAAUUCCAAGAGACGAGUGCAUCGAAAUUGAGGUUGAUGGCUGCUGGAGGAUGCAAUUCGUUGACAAGCCAUUGUCUUCCACAACAUAUCGUGGUUCAUACACAGUCCGCGUAACGUCGAUUGAGCGGCUGAAACUUGCAGGACCUGCUGGCAAAGGCGUUUUUUGGCUGUGUCAAUCUUACUGCCGAGCUGGAUGA